CCAUUAUAUGAUAGAUAGCUAGUCAGUCGGUUCCGAUCAUUGAAUUGUAAUCUCCAAAGUGAAUGAUGGAGAGUCUGCUGUGCAACGAGGUUUGGCUUAUGAUGAGUCCUGUCCUGGAUCAUGAUGAGGUACAUGCAAAUGAAGCACUUGAAUAUUACAAUGUAAACUGCGGCCAUCAUUCUACUAGUACUACAUCCUUGUACUCCAACUCCGAAGACUGUCAGCGGGCUUUCAUUAGUUUUCUUGAAAAGGAGGCUUUUUACAUGCCUGAACGAGGUUAUUUGAAGCUAGUCAAAGAAAACUGUUCGACAGACAGUGGUAGGUUUAAAGCGAUACACUGGUUUGUUGAAUCUCAAAGGCGGCUGAAUCUCUCCCUUGAAACUGUCUUCAGGGCCGCAAAUUACCUUGAUCGGUUCGGUUCUCUCAAAGAUUGCCAAGUUCGGAAUGAUUGGAUGUUUGAGCUAGUGUCUGUUGCAUGCCUAUCUAUUGCUUUCAAGUUCGAAACCAACGCCCCUAAUGUAUUGAAUGAAAUCCAGACGGAGGGUCUUGAGCAUUCCUUUGAAUCAAGCUUAAUCCAACGGAUGGAAUUGAUUCUUUUAAAAGCUUUAGAAUGGCGGCUUUGUCCAACCACGUCAUAUUCGUACCUAGAAUUGUUGACGCGGAGCAUUGAUCCCCUGAACAGACACUUCGUCCAGGAGCUGAUCACCGAGCUUUUGGUCAAGGCACUUUUAGAUUCUAGCUUCUUGGAGUUUCGGCCCUGUAUUAUUGCCGUGUCUGCCAUACAACGGAUUUCCAAAGAGUUUCUGUCAACAAUAAAUGACUCUCUGUGCUCCCAUUUCAGCGUCCUCAUCCCUCCAGAUCAAAAGGAUGAUUUAAUCAAGUGCUGUAAGAUGAUGAUGGAUUUAUGCCACACUAGUACUUCUGCUAAGAAGAUUAGCUGCAUUAAUUGUCCUUCCAGUCCCGUGACUGUCUUGGGCGCAUUCUUGCUGUGA